UCGAUUUUGUCGUGUUCUCAACCCUUUCCGGUUUUUAUCCAGACCGAUCCUCAAAAUCUGUUGCACCGAUCUCUUCUUACGUCAACAGCUAAUCGACUCCUCCGUUACGCUCUGCAAUUGCAGUAAACACCAUUUUUCUUGAAUCUUCUUUACACUACUAAGCUACCAAUCAGGGAGAUGGCAUCUGCUGUUUGGUCUAGAGCUCUCUUCGCCCGCCGUGUCUUCCAGUCCCUCUCUUCAUCUUCAUCGCCUUACCCAAAGUCCCGAUUCUUAUUUUCUUCAUUUUCCGCUAAGAAACCACUGCACUCAUGGUCUGUUUCAUCCCAUUCGGGAUAUAAACUUCCAGGAUCCAUAUCUUGCAUGUCUUCAGCAGCUGCUGCAUCGCAAGCUACAUCCUCAGCACAAACCUUGUCAAUCAAUGAUCCUGUUGUUUCAGCUGAUUGGCUCCAUGCGAACCUACGAAGUCCUAAUGUGAAGGUGUUGGAUGGAUCUUGGUACAUGCCUAAUGAAAAGAGAAAUCCUCUUCAAGAGUACCAGGUUGCACAUAUUCCAGGCGCACUAUUUUUUGAUGUUGAUGGCAUAUCAGAUCGAUCAACUAAUUUGCCACAUAUGUUGCCAUCAGAAGAAGCUUUUGCUGCUGCUGUUUCUGCACUAGGCAUUGAGAAUAAAGAUGGGCUGGUUGUUUAUGAUGGAAAGGGGAUUUUCAGUGCUGCUCGUAUUUGGUGGAUGUUUCGAGUCUUUGGGCAUGACAGGGUUUGGGUUUUGGAUGGAGGCCUGCCAAGCUGGCGUGCUUCAGGCUAUGAUGUGGAAUCUAGUGCAUCAAGUGAUGCUAUCUUGAAAGCUAGUGCGGCAAGUGAGGCAAUAGAAAAAGUCUAUAAAGGACAACGGGUUGGACCAAUUACUUUCGAAACCAAUUUUAGGCCACAUCUCGUCUGGUCACUUGAACAGGUUCAGAAAGAUAUUGAGGAACAUACACAUCAGCUUGUAGAUGCUCGUUCAAAAGCUAGGUUUGAUGGGGCUGCACCAGAGCCUAGAAAGGGCAUAAGAAGUGGUCAUGUUCCAGGAAGCAAAUGUGUUCCCUUUUCCCAGGUGCUGGAUAGCUCAUCACAGACUCUUCUACCUGCAGAUGAGCUUAAGAAAAGAUUUGAACAGGAAGUAAACUCUUUGCAGGAAUCUCGUUGGAUAAGCCUGUAGUAACAUCAUGUGGUACUGGUGUUACUGCAUGUAUUCUGGCAUUGGGCCUUCACCGAUUAGGGAAGACCGAUGUUCCAGUAUAUGACGGGUCAUGGACGGAAUGGGGUGCGAAUCCUGAUACGCCCGUUGCCUCUACUCAAGAGUAGAUACGUGGCUUAAGCUUUUCCAUGUGUUAUAAAUGUGACCAGUAAAUGACUGUGAUUGUAAAGGAUGGCAGAAAAUAUGAAUGUCCAAAGAGUAAUUUCCCCCCUAUGUGCAAGUAGCAGGUUUUGGGUUCUUGAUGAGAUGAUGCUUAUUUCAUGAACUUCAGAAAGAGAUGGGCUGGAAGUUAUGAUGAUAAAUAAUUUUUAAACAAGAAAUUAUGUAAAUGACGUUAAUUCUCAUCGACGAAUUGUAACUCUCAGUAACACAUUUGAGUUUCUUCGUUUUCCACUCUCUACUUGGCACUUGGAUUCUUCAA